GGGGAAUCUGUAGCGUUACACUUUCACCACUAGGUGGAGGCGUCGUGCAUGCCUGUCAAAUUACACUCACGAAAAAGAAACGUCGCCACAACUGGCGGCAGUGGCAAGCUGGUCCGUCAUGGUGUAAACCUUCACCAGGUAGUAUGGACGCCGGCAUGUCGCUGAGUCGGUUUGACGGGCAGUCGAUGCUGUUGGUCCGGUCGCUUCUGUCUGGGGUCUCCGGUGCUCGUAGAGCUCUGGGCGUCUUCCACAGACAGCAGCGAGCCGAUCCCGGAGUGUCACUGUCUAACUUCAUAGAGACACUGUGCCAAGACGAAGUUAGCUGUCCAGAUACUGAACCCCAGACACUAACUGUUAAACCGCUGGUGUGCCUGUUUCCAGCAUUAUUCAAGCAGAACCUGCUGUCCUUCAUCUAUCUGGUCUGCCCGGUUCUUCCUCGGACGGCUGUCCUCCGUCUGCUCAAAUGCCUCAGCCAGGACUCUCAGCCAAACUCCUGGGUCUCUGCUCAGGUUAAACAGUUGGAAAGAAACCUGGGGGUCCACAGUGAGGAGCCUCUGUGCACUCUGCUGUGCAGCCAGAGACUCAAGGAGCUGUCACAGCGUUUGGAUGGCUUUAGUGAGACUGGAGGAUGGGCUAAGUGUUUCAAUGGCCGAGCAGUAGAAUCUGGGUCUCAGAGUUCAUCUGGUUUAUCAGACCUGGGGCCACAAAGGAAAAGGAAGGGCAGCUUUGUCACUCAGGACUCCAGUGGAGAGGAAAUGGGACAGCAGAGUAAGCGGAUAAAGAUGGAUGUCUGUGGCAGUGAUUCUCUCGAUCCUGAAGAACCGAGCGCAAAAGCAGAGAUAUCAAGAAGAAUAGAAAGCAGUGCUCUAGUCGAGACUCCUGCUGAAGAACUGCCAGACAGUCUGUGUGAUGCCGUGCCUGAACAUAUAAAGGUCUCUGUUCUUCAAAUGAAAGAAUUACUAGAAAGUGAGACAGAGUGGGACCAGAGCUCAGUGGAUGUGUUCAAAGUGCUGAACGAGUGUGACCCUGGCCAAGUGGAAAUGUUAUGCAGCAUGCUGAGUUUGCCUGACUUACCAGAGCAAACUCUGCUUAAACUGUGCAGCAGUAUUUUGACUCCCUCUCCUGACCUCAGCUACAGCACGGCAACAACUCUCAUUAAAAGCCUCCUGCUGAAGAAGGUCCUGUCCCUGUCAGAACCGGCCUCCAGAUGUCUGGUCACUGCAGUAACGUUGCUGUGUAGCCGCUGUCCCAGACCAAUGUGCCACGCUCUAGUCAGGCCAGUUCUUGAAGAAAACAACACAGGAAAUCCACAGGCGGAGCUUCUGAACAGGCUGAUAGAAGGCAGCUUGGAUUCCCAUUACAGGCUGCUGGUGCUUCAAAUGACAUUCAAAAUAGCAUGGAAUGAGGCAGUGCUCUCUGUUAUCCACUGCCUGCUCGACUGCAAGCCUGACUUGAGUGAAGAAAUGUUCACACAGUUCACUGAGCAGCUCGUCAGCCAGGGUCCUCAAUUCACAAAGUCUGUGAAGUUUGCAAAAAUGAUGCUAACAGUCCUCACCAAAUAUGGCAGUUAUGUGACUGCUGCACACAAACACUCCCUGGACAGCUGCCUGAUGUUAAAUGCAACCUUCCUGAAAAAGUCUCUCCAAGCUGCUUUGAAAAGAAUCUCACACUCAUGACAUUUCAUCUGACCUGAAACAUGUUAAUAAAACUGUUGAAAUAAGUUCUUGUCCACUUCUUGGCAAUAUUUUGACCUGACUGAGCAGUCUGACACAAAAGGAAAUGACAAUUCCUCUCUGAAUCAGGUCUUAUUAAAUACGUUGCGAAAUA